AUUAAUUAAAUUAAUUUACAAGUUAUUAUUAUUAUUCUCCUCCAACCCCAUCACUGUUUUUCAGCCAAUAACCACUCUGCCUCUUCUCACACACCUUCCACCCUUCUUUCUCUCUCUUACCUCCUUCUUAUUUCAGUUUGCUUCACAGUUGUUGGGUGUCAAUAUUAUUAUGGAUUCCAUAUUAAUUUGUUCUUUGAUUAGAUCUACUCCACUUUUACUACUUCAGAUUUGAAUUCUUCACUCUUUUUUAAUUUCCAUUUAGUUCCUUGACAUAAUUUUAUUUAAGAAGUUUUGUGCUUAUCUUCUGGGUAAUCAAAGAGACCAGCCUGAUGGGUUCUCGAUUCCCAUCUCAUAAGCUCAGUAAUGGGCUUUAUGUGUCAGGACGCCCUGAACAACCCAAGGAAAGACAACCUACUAUGAGUUCUGUGGCCAUGCCUUAUACCGGAGGUGAUAUUAAAAAGUCCGGGGAGCUUGGGAAGAUGUUUGAUAUACCUGUAGAUGGGUCGAGGUCACGUAAGUCUGGACCUAUCAGUAGUGCUCCUAUGAGGACAGGAUCAUUUGGAGGAGCCGCUUCUCACUCUGGCCCGAUUAUGCAGAACUCUGUGAAUAGGGUUUCUUCUGGUAAUGUUAGCGGUUCUGGUUCAGCGUCCAUGAAAAAAACUAAUUCUGGUCCACUCAACAAACACGGCGAGCCUGUGAAAAAGUCUUCGGGUCCUCAGGCUGGUGGAGGCGUUUCUCGUCAGAAUUCUGGCCCUCUUGCGCCAGUUCUUCCCACCACAGGCUUGAUAACUUCAGGUCCGAUUUCAUCAGGCCCCUUGAAUUCUUCAGGAGCUCCUCGAAAGGCUUCUGGUCCUCUGGAGUCCAUGGGUUCCAUGAAACAUCAUACUGCAUCAAUUGUAAACAACCAGGCUGUGACAAAACUUAAUCAAGAGGAUGAGUACUCGUUCUACAAGAGCUUCCCUAAGUCUAUUUUGUAUGCCAUGGUUCUGCUAUUUGUUAUGGGUUUUAUUGCUGGUGGUUUCAUUCUUGGAGCUGUGCACAAUCCUAUUCUUCUCAUUGUGGUGGUGGUGCUAUUUAGUGCGGUUGCAGCUGUCUUUACAUGGAAUACUUGCUGGGGAAGGAGAGCUAUAACAGGAUUUAUCGCUCAAUAUCCAGACGCUGAGCUUAGAACAGCGAGAAAUGGACAGUUUGUCAAAGUGUCUGGGGUGGUAACUUGUGGAAAUGUACCUCUUGAAUCAUCAUUUCAAAAAAUUCCUCGUUGUGUCUACACUUCAACUAGCUUAUAUGAGUAUCGAGGCUGGGAUUCUAAAGCUGCUAACCCCAGUCAUCGGCGUUUUACUUGGGGGCUCCGGUCACUUGAGCGGCAUGUGGUUGAUUUUUACAUUUCCGAUUUUCAAUCUGGAUUGAGAGCUCUGGUCAAGACGGGGUAUGGUGCUAGAGUGACUCCAUAUGUUGACGAAUCUGUCGUCAUUGAUAUUAAUCCAUCAAACAAAGACAUGUCACCUGAUUUUGUUCGGUGGUUAUCCGAGAGAAACCUCUCUAGUGAUGACCGUGUCAUGCGCUUAAAAGAAGGGUACAUCAAAGAAGGUAGCACCGUGAGCGUGAUGGGAGUGGUACAACGAAACGAUAAUGUGCUAAUGAUAGUUCCUCCGCCAGAGCCGUUGCCAACAGGGUGCCAGUGGUCUAAAUGUAUACUCCCGGCAAGCCUCGAAGGUAUCGUAUUGAGAUGUGAAGACACCUCGAAGAUCGAUGUUAUUCCGGUGUGAAAAAGAAAAAGAAAAAGAAAAAGAAAAAGGGUAUUACUAAUUAGGAAUGAAUGAAUCUCACAAUACUAUAUUGAGAUUUGAUGACUUGUUUAGUGGGUGGUUGUGAUGUUAUGUUGGUAUUUUUUUUCUUUUUAAUUUUUUGUUAAUUUCAGUGUGUAUAGCUUUUACAUAAUUUCAUUUCAUGUUAUGAGUUGGGAUUUUAGAGAUCUUUUGUAAUUGAGAAUGGCAAUGCAAAGAAAACAGUAUGCCUCUUCAAGUGAUUGAGAAAAUUGGGUGAUAUGUUUAGAUACGUUCAUCAUAUUUUUGAGUAAUAUUGUUCCUUUAUUAUUUUGA